CCUCCGAUAUCGCACUUAACAAACUUGACUUCUCUCAGACUGAAGGACCGCUGCAGGAGGAUGGGCACGGGGGAGUUUGUGUGUGUGACGCUGCGUGGCGGCGCGCCGUGGGGAUUCAGACUCCGCCAGAGCGCUCACGACCCUCAACAUCCUCUCCAGGUGCUUGAGAUAGAGGAUGGUAGUCCCGCUGCCCUAGCUGGAUUGUGUGAGAAUGAUGAACUGGUGUCACUGAAUGGAAAGCCUUGCUCUAACCUCAGUCUCUCAGACGCUAUUGAUCUCAUUGAGGCCUCUGCUGACUGUCUACAGCUGCUUGUCAAAAGAUGCUGUAGUCAACCUCAAGAGAGCUUUGAAGUGGUUAGUACCACUUUUCGGAUCCCUUCUCCAUCCAGGCUUCAUGACCCCCAUGAGUCCCAGGAUGUCUCUGAGUCCCAGGAUGAAGCAUAUUAUGGGGAAACAGACAGUGAUGGAGAGUGUCCUGUGGGGACACGAUUGGUUCGGACACAAGUUCAAAUACCUGCUUCUAGGAAUAAAGGUAGAGGCACCUGUGCCCAGGGUGGUGGAGACACAAGUUUGGAUGUAACCCCAGGAUCUGUGGUCGAAUUGCAGCUCUCGCUCUCCAAGACCACCCUGGAAGAGCCAGAUUGUACUGCAUUAGGCAGUGCUUGUGGAGUUGUGGGAGACAUCCAUCAUAGAAAGACGGAUGAGAGCAUCAACUAUACCACCACCGCAUUUUCUUCAGAUAGGCCUCUAUAUACACCCCGAGGAGAACGGCAACCUCUUAGUCAGUGGGGUGUGUUGGUUAGCAAACCAAGACAGGUGGAGGUGACAGUGCAGCAGUUAUCUGGAAGCAGUUCUAGAAAGGAGGGGGUAGAGGCCAGUGAACGGUUGGAUUCUGGUGGGGAAGAAGGAGGGCACAUUGAAGAAGCUCCCACCUCCUCUUCUGUGUCCUUUGGACUUCCCUCAGAGGAGUGGGACUCUGAAUCGGAGAGGGAGGUCAACAAGCCCAACAAGCACCGGGCAAGGCACGCCAGGCUCCGGCGCAGUGAGAGCCUUUCAGAGAAGCAGGUGAAAGAGGCCAAGUCCAAAUGCAAGCGCAUUGCUCUCCUGCUGUCUGCCCCUGCCCCCAACCCUAAUAACAAAGGGGUGUUGAUGUUUAAGAAGCAUAGACAGAGGGCCAAGAAGUAUACACUUGUAAGCUACGGUACUGGUGAGGACGAGCCAGAUUAUAAGGACGACGAAGACGACAAGGAGGAGCACGCUGUUGAGUUCACUGUUCUAGCCACAAGUGAAACAGAAAUUGAUGAGGAUUUCUUUACUAAUGCCUCAGUUCAGAAAAGCAUUGUGAGCUUUGAUUGGGAUACCGGAUUACUUGAGAUAGAGCGCAAGCUUGACAACAAGCAGGAUAUGGAAGCACUACCUGAGACCAAGGGGAAAGGAGCCCUCAUGUUUGCCCAGCGCAGACAGCGCAUGGAUGAGAUAGUAGCUGAACAUGAAGAGAUGAGACGUAAGGGGAUUCCUGUUGAAGCGAUCCAGGAGCCUGAGACACAUCAGACAUACCAAAACAUGGAGGAGAGCACUUAUAUGCAUGCACAAGAAACAGAAAAUUACAUGGAUGUAAAUUUACACAGCAUAUCAGCACAAAAGCAGCAACAGCAACAACAUCAUCAGUACCAAGAUCAGUACUAUCAACAACAGCAGCAGCAGCAGUAUCAAGACUACCAGCAGCAGCUACAAUACCAGCAACAGCAACAACAGUACCAACAACAGCAAGACUACCAGCAGCAGAAAAUGUAUCAAAACAUCCAAUCAUACAAUCAGCAACAACACUUCCAACAGCAGCAUGUGCAACAGUAUUCACAUCAUAUGAAUGGCAUGUUCGAUCAGCAAGUGCAGAGCGAAAUGCAGCCGACAGUCACAAACAGAAGUGCCAAACCAUUUUCAAUUCAAAAUAGAGUGGCCGCUCCAUUUUCCUCCACCACAAGUGCAGAUAAUCAAGAACAAUCUGGGUAUUCAUUGGGACAAGGUGAACAGAUUGCUUCCCGUGAUGAGCGUAUAUCUGUGCCUGCUAUCAAGACUGGUAUCUUGCAAGAUACAAAGAGGAGGAGUGCCAAUAAACCUAUGUUCACUUUCAAAGAGUCUCCAAAGGUUUCACCUAAUCCUGCUCUGUUGAAUCUCCUCAACAGGAAUGACAAGAAGGCAGGUGUUGAGUCUUGCCCAGAAGAAGAUUAUUUAAGCUUAGGAGCUGAAGCCUGCAACUUUCUUCAGCCUCCUAAGAUGAAAAUUCCACCACCAGUAGCUCCUAAACCUCACAUUAACCCUGCUUCUCCCCCAUGGUCAGUUCAAGAAGAAACUACUGACCAACCCAUACCACAGCAAACCGUAAACAGUGUCCCAGAACCUGCUGAAGCUCCAGUCACAGAGGUUGAUGCUGCAGGGGCCCCUACCAUGUCUGAAGAAGGACCUACAUUAGCACCUGAAUCCCAAAAUGUUCAACAUUCUCCUGAACAUCUUGCUCCAAGUAAUGCAUGGAAACAACCAGAAUCUCAGAUGGAACUGAACCAGCAACCAGAAACCUGGAAUGAAAAACAACCCCAGCUCCAAAUGAAUUCUGCUCAUCCUGUCGCUCCACCUGUUACGCAGUCAGAUCCAUCUGCCAGAUCAUGGGAUCCAGUUCCAACUCAAGGUCAUCAGCAGCUUCCAGUAAGUACUUGGGGUCCAAAUGAGGUCCAAUUGCAAGUCCCAUCUCAAAACCAGUCUCAAACACAGCCACAAUGGAUGACACAGUCUCAGGGUCCUUCUGAAGUACAAUUGCAAGUGCCUUCUAAAACACAAUCCCAGCCUUCUUGGGUAACACAGUCUCAAACUUCACCCCCAACCAAGCAUCAACCACAGCCUCAGUCCCAAAUCAGUUCUUGGGUACCAAGUUCAAAUCAGUCAACACCACAAGCCACUUGGUCUCAGCCCCAUGAGCCAGCACAACCACCUAUUAAUGUUUGGCAUCAAGAUCAAAAUCAGGCUCAGGAACAGCCACCCUGGACCCAACAACAACAGUUCCAAGAAUCCCAGUUAAUGCCACAUUGGGCAUCACCCCCUCAGCAACAGCCACAGCCUUCUUGGGCUCAACCUCAGAGGCAGUCACAGCCCCAACCACCUUGGGUCUCUCAGGCCAAACAGCAAGAGCCAACACAGCCAUCUGCAAAUGCGUGGACUCAACCACAGAGUCCAGUUCAAGCUCAGCCUCCAUGGGCUCAACAGACUCAACCACCACCUCAGCCCACAGCACCAGUGCAGCAACCCAUGAAUCCUUGGCCACCAAUGCCGGCCCAGUCCCAACCACAUCCACAGUGGGGACAAGAACCUGCUUCUCAACAACAUCCUCAACAAGUAAUGAACACUUGGACACCUGAACAGAAUCAAAUUCAGCCUCCCUGGGCUCAGCCAAUGCCACCAACUCAGCCUCAGGCGCAUCCUCCAUGGGCACCGAAACCUCAACAGCAGGCAUCACCACCACCUGUGAGCCAAUGGGUACCACCACAAUCUCAGUCUCAACCAGCUGUAAAUGUUUGGGCACCCCAACACCAGGAAGGUUCAGUUGGAAACACAGCCCAAACUGCAACCCAGAAGUUGCCUUCCCAACCAAUCAAGCCAUGGAGUCCAUCACAGACCACACAGCCCACUCCUCCACGACGAAUGAACUCAUAUACCACUGGGACAAAGGUACCAUCCCCUGUUCCAAUAAGUAGUACUAUGUCACCCUCUGGUUAUGGAUCAGCUUUCGAGAUGCCAGCCUUGAGAGGGAAAGGAGCUGAACUUUUCGCCAAGAGGCAAUCCAGAAUGGAGAAGUACAUUGUGGAUUCUACCACAGUGCAGUCAAAUAAGGGGCUUAGGAGCUCAUCCUUGUCACCACCUGUUAGACUUUCAGCAGCAGGUCUCAGUCCCAGGUCGGUUUCAUUUUCUCCAUCGCCCAGACCAGCAUCACAACCCGCUUCUGUUCGGCCUCCGGUGGGACAGACCGCCCGGCUAGACAGGGGUCACAAGCCGCCCACUCCCUGGGAAGCUGCCUCACGCCACCCACUGGGGCUCGUGGAUGAAGCUUUUACAUUUCUGGACAUUCAGCAGUCUAUUGCCUCCAACCUGCGCCAUGCCGCUCAGAGUAAGCUCUUACCCGAGCCCCCGGCCGAGUGGAAGGCAAAGGUUGCAUAUGAACCUACACCGAAAAACCAAAAAGACAGUUUGAGUCAAUCACCUUUGACUUUUCUGUCCCCAACCAAGAGCACAGCGUCUGCACCAGCUGGUCCUGUCCCAUAUGGGUCACCCUUUAGACAGUGUCAACCCCAAAGGUCAAUGACAGAAGCUAAUCUUGGGCCUUCACAGGGUGAUCCGAGGGAAAUGGGGCCUCAUAGACCAAGGCUCUAUAAAGCCAAAGAUAGCAGUUCUUGGAGACGUUAAAGGAAAGCCUUUUUAUGCAGGUCACGAAAGUCAAAUCAAAUAGGGGGGAGUUUUGCUGGAAAGUGAGUAAAGUAGAAUUCUUACGGUUACUAUUGAACAGAAAGAUACUGAAAGACGGAGAAGUUGAUGUUGCAGAAUGAGGGUCCGUGAAAGUCAGAGGGCGGCACUAGAAGUUGAUAGAUUUAUAAAGAUUAUUUAUAUUAUUAGACAGAGUGUUAAAGCUGGCUUAUGAAACUCACACUUACAAUACAACAAUCACUCAUUUUGAUCAGAAUAUGCAUCCCUUGUGAAAAAGAAGUACACUUUUGCAUACUUAAAAAAAAAAAAAAAAGGACAUAUUUUAAAAAAUAUACUUAAGUGCACCUAACUGCAAGUUGAUUUCACUUAAAUGAAAAUGUUGAAGAGUUGUUGUAGUAGAGUGUUGUUGCCAUGUCGUCAUUUUACUCCGGACUGCUUCACAAACAAGGGUCAAUUCAGCGCUAGAUUAACAUGACGGCACAUGCUAGUUGAUGAGUUGAAUCAACUCCACAGCAACUACAUAAAUUUAUCCACUAACCAUUCAGAAAUGUCCAGUUUCAUUCUAAAAGUUGUAACUUCUUCCUGAGUCUCUCCAUCAGUGUCCGACUCCGGUUUGAACAAUGUAAGGCUGAACACAAUCGUCAUUUUGGCUGCGUGAGAUUCUCCAGCUUUGUUGUUGUUGAGCAACCGAAGCGUGAGCUGUUAAAGCUCCGCCCUCUUUUGGAAAGCAGGCGGGAGCAGCAGCUCAUUUGCAUUUAAAGGGACACACAAAAACGGCGUGUUUUUGCUCACACCCAAAUAGACAAGCUAUAAUAAAUGAUCUGUGGGGUAUUUUGAGCUAAAACUUUACAGACACAUUCUGGGGACACCAGAGACUUAUAUUACAUCUUGGGAAAAGGGGCAUAAUAGGUCCCCUUUAUCUUUAGAGUACUUUUUUUGACCCAGUUAAGUAAGAAUAUUUAAAAGAGUACUUAAGUAGUCAUGAAAGUGCACUCUUUUUAAGUACACUUAAGUGCCCUUUUAUUUAAUUUACAUUAUAUUAUCUGCAAGUACAGUUUUUUAAUAUACUUUUAAGAUUUGAAGUACACAUUCAAUACUAAGUGCACUUCUUUUUCACAAGGAUCACACAUUCAGUUUUAAAGUGUUGCACUAAUGAACGGGGCAAAGUGUUUGUGCAUGAUACCAAAUACUGUACAUGCUAAAGAAAUAACAUAAUAGGUCUUCAUAGUAUGUAAAUGCUAGUGUGAGACACAUUUCAGCACUGUCUGUAUUUAAUUAGUUGCAAAUUUUUAAUUACUGCAUUAAAAUAAAUCAGUAAUGAGGGUGUUUCAGUUGUGAUGACAGCUAGAAUCAGUUUCAGUUGUUUGUCAUUAAUUAGAGAAAGAGAGAAAAAAAAAUCAUUUUGUUUGUGUGCUACAAAGCUAUUAAGCAGAAACUGUUGAAUCAGUAACAGCCGUACUUGUUGCAUAAGCUUCACUUGAAAAGAUUAAAUCACUCUUUAGUGACCCGGUCUGACCCUUUACCACAUGCCCUGUUGCCCCAGACUUAGAUUCACUUAAACAAAUUCACUACUAUUUGCUGAUAAAUAAAAAAAAAAAAAAAAAAAAAGUUGUUUAAUGAACAUUCCAUAAAUGUAUUUUGCUGUGAAUGUCUGUGGGUUCUCAUAUGUGACAAUGCAUGCUCUCAAUCCACUUAAAAAAAAAUAAAAGUUGUUCAUGCUUAUAUUUCUUUAUUCCAUGACUGAAUAUUUUUAUGACACAAGGAUAUCAGAAAGCUAAACUUUGACAUGUUUUUGUAAAAUGUUGAUCAAGAUACAAAAAUAUAUUUGGAUAUUUGUUGAAUUGUCAAGUGCAUCGUCUGACACAGAGAGGAGCAAACAGCUCGCUUUAUACUGUCUUGCCCAAGUAGCUCAGUUUUAAGUAGUUUGUUUGAUUUACACUAUACAGCUCCACUUUUUGUAUGUGACUGACAUAAAACCAUGCUUUGCACUUCUAUUAAAGUAACAUGUUUUGAAAUCUCUC